AUGGAUAGCAACGAAUACUACGAUUACUACUCGGGAGAUUACCUCAACGCCUCCUCCUCUCCCGCUGAGGAAAUGUCCUGCCACGUUCCCUAUCUGCCCUGGGGCUGGAUCGUCCGCUGCGUCCUAUACAGCGCGGUCCUCUCGCUGGGCGUGCCGGGGAACGUCCUUCUCGUGGGUGCGCUGUGGACCCGUCACAGCUGUUUCUGGAGACCAGUGGAGCUCUUCAUGAUCAACCUGGCGAUCUCCGACCUGCUCUUUCUCCUGGUCCUACCCCUCUGGCUGGACAACGAGAUCUCCGGAGGCUGGUGGCGCACCGGCUGGUUUUGCUGCUUGGCGAGUUCCUACACGGCCUCCCUCAACAUGCACGCUGGCAUCUUCUUUCAUACUGCCAUGAGCGUGGACCGGUAA